GGUCAGGUCGGCAACCGCGGUCAGACGCCGAAGGACGGCUGGCUGGUGUGGCGGUGUGGCGACCCUCGGGCUGGAGGGUCGGGAUUGGGGUCAUCGCGCUCGCUGCUGCUUGUGUCUACGGCAGGAUGACGAAGGACACUGAUAGCACAGCUGGAGAAGAUGGCCGAUCUGUGGAAGCAGCAGCCGGUGCAGCGGGCGGUGCGGAAUGCCGCGAAGAAGAUGCACCUCAGGCUGAAAACGAACAGGGUAUUGACAAUGCAGACCCUGGGGCAGAACUUCAAACGGAUUUUAAUCAGCCAUCUAGGAAUACCGAGGAGAGUGAGUUGCCGAUGGAGCCACAGUUCGAGGCUCUUUCGGAGCCAGCGACAUUCGUGCCGAACAAGUCUGGUUCUGAGCUUGGCGUUCUGCAGGAUGAAGCUGAUUUCGGCCACAUAAAAGAUCAGGGUGAGGCGAACACCAGGGCCACCAAUGAACAGAGAGCUGAAAGUGCGGGUUUCGUCCCCACCACCGAACAGCAGCCAACCAUCGGUCAUCCUCCACCACCGUCUUUGACCUCAGCCUCUACCGAUGCCGUGGACGCCGCUCACUUUUCGCGCCUGGGCACCCUGCAGGCGGCGCACGUUCUGUACGAGGCAGUCCAGUCAGCCGACCUGGCGCGCUUCUCGGUGCUGCUGAGUCACUGCGCCGGCCAGCCGGCCAUCAUCGACUACAGCCACGGGGACGGCUUCACCUGUCUCCUGUACGCCUGCGACCGGCGGAUGGACGAGUUCGUCGACCUGCUUCUGGAGGCCGGCGCCGACCCCUGCGCGGCCAGCCCGGCCAGCGGACGCACAGCGCUCCACUGGGCUGCCGCCAAGGACGCCGACAUCCUCCGCCAGGUACUGGAGUGUGCGCCGGCGGCGGCCGUGAACGCGCCGGACGCGCUGGGAUGUACGCCGCUACACCACGCCAUCCAGGCCGGCAGUCCGGCGGCGAUCCGGGCGCUGCUGCGUGCCGGCGCCGACCUUAGCGCGCCCGACGACCUCGGUCAGCCCCUGCUGCACUCGCUGCCUGUGGACGUGCUCCACGAGCACCUCGACUCGUGUGUGCGCGGCAAACGGGACGGCGGCGACCCCGACUUCGGCAUCGAGUUCGACUAUGCCCUGAUGUGGCCGCGCCUGCCCGCAGGCCGAACGCAAUUUGAGAUGGCCACCGUGUUUCAUAUGGCCGACAGCGAGGAGCAUUGCCCUCUGCUGAGCCAUCCACUAGUCUGGUCCUUCCUUGACCUCAAGUGGUGGGCGGCCAGUGGCCUCAUCAUCGCCGAUCUCGUCUUCUACUUGGUUUUCCUUGCACUGCUAACGACACUGGUUUUCCUUAGAGUUGAGCAUGAAAUCCUGUCUGAGACCUGGGAUGGUUUUGACCGGGCUGUGAGGGGCUUCUACUGGGCGUCAGUUGGCGUUACUAUACCGAUGAUCGCAGCCAAGGUGAUGCAGUUUCUCGCAGCUCCCAUCCGGUUUUUCCUCCAGUGGGAGGAUGCGUUGAUAAAAGCGCCGGUGCUGGUGAUGACGACCGUCUACCUGGUGAAGGGUGCUUGGCCAGUUACUCCCGAUGGUGCUCUGAACCCGCAACUGUCGCUAGCCUCAAUUCUUGUUCUGCUCGCCUGGGCGCAGCUGUUCGUUCAUCUCAGCCGCAUCCCGUCGUUUGCUAUUUACUCCAAGAUGUACACCACCGUGUUUGCCAGGUUCUUGUGGUUCCUGGUGUGGUACAGCGUUGUCAUCACAGGAUUCGCAAUCAGCAUGUUCAUCGUGUUCAGGGAUAGCAAGGAUCGCGUUCACUACGACCUGUCUACACCGGGUCUUGCUCUGCUUCGCACGCUCGUCAUGGUGCUGGAUAAGAUGGAGAUCAACUCCCUUCCUCUGGAACACUGCCAGCGGGCCGGGAACGGCACCUGGACGUGCCCGCCGUCGGGCCAGCCGACCGCCGCUCAGCUGGUGUUCGUCAUGUGCCUCUUCUUCGUGACGGUGGUGCUGACCAACUUGCUGAACGGACUGGCGAUCUCGGACACAGCCGCGCUGCGCAGCCACGCCGUCACCGUGAGUCUGGCGUCGCGCGCCCGCCUGCUGGCCUACAGCGAGUCCAUCCUGCUCGAUGGGCCUCUACAGUUCCUGGGCGCCGUGGCGCGACCACUGGGGGACCGCGGAGUAUGCGUCGACUCUGCGCCCAUCCGGUGGCUGGCGGCUGUCGGCGGCCGGUCCCCACUGCGCGCGCGGCUGGCGCGGUGGCUCGGCCUCGAGCGCCGCGUGCCCGAACACCGUCUCUGGGUGUUCCCGAACAGGGAACAGGAGCGGACGUGUCCGGCGCUGCCCGGCCACUGGUCUCUGACCGAGGAUGUGCUGGAGCGGGCGCGCGAGCUGGUAGUGCGCAAGGGCCGCGGUCAGCCGGGGCUGGAGCGGCAGCUGUCGCGCCUCGAACGCCAGCUGGAGAGGACCAUGUCCGAUAUGGGCUGCUGAUGAAUGAUAGGUCGAGAAACGCUGCCAAUUUACCUCUGUUUUGUUCCUUUUUGUGUGCUGUGGCUCGUCCAUCCUCUUAUCUAGUGCUUUCAGUCGUUAAAUAUUUUAAUUAUCAUGUUGAAUACACGUAAUUAGGAAAA